UUCAAGAUGGCCGCGGCCGUCGCCUGGGCAACCGAUGGAACUCCGAAGAGGCCAUCAUGGACCCAAUUCGUCUGCUCGAGCAACUGGAGCGAGAGGCGAAGCACCGCGACAAGCGCCACCACGCGGAGGAACAGGUCGAACUGCUUUCAAACGGCCCCCUCGUGCUCGGAGAGGCCAUGGCCGAUUCGAGUGACAGGACGCCCUUGCUCAAAAAGACGUCUGCUGCAAAUGGACCUGCUGGCAAACGGAAAACGAAGACCCUUCCCGCCAAACGAAAACCUCCGAAUGCUAAGGAGAAGACUGGCGUUGGCGGCAAGACAACGACGCAUAAGAAAAAGGUGACAAGAGGCAGAACCAUCAAACCGAUUGACGACAGCGUUAAAUCGGCAUUUGAAGACACACAUCUUCCGCCGCUACGGGAGGAGGUUAAAGAAGAAGCCUCCGUCGCUAUCACUAUCGAAGACGAUGAUACACCGUUCGUACCGGUACCGCAACCGGUUGCUGAAGAAGUUCCCACAGUGGUCCCUGUAAAGGAGAAGGUAGAGAAGACCAGUGUAUUGUCCAGGAUGCGAGACGCGGCAAAGAAAAUCAACGUCGCUCCGACGAAACUUCAGCAAACUGUGCUGAAUGCAAAGUUGCUGCAUAGUAAGCUGACGUCAUCGUCGUCAUCUAAGCAGACGACCCAGGAAGAAACGGCGAAGCCUAGCCAGCCUGAACCGCAGCCGUCCCCGGAGACCGUGUCGGAAUUUCGAUUUGAGGAAUCGCCCGAGUUACUUCUGGAAGAUUCGCCCAAGAAGGAAUCUCCUGUCAAGGGCUCUGAAGAAGAGAAAAAGGAUGAAGAAGACAAACCCGUCGAACAAGGAAAACCAAAGGGAGCCACAUGGACGGGAACUUCCACGAAUCCCGAGCUUGCGCUCAAGAUCUUGAACAUGUCGCGACGAGGUGAUUGGCUCGGAGUUGAUGCAGUGUUGAAGCAUGUCGAGAAAGGAGAUUUGCCGUCGGAUCUCGCUGAUGAGGUAACUGGCUUCACCCCACUGAUGUAUGCCGUAAAAGACAGCAGAGUUGGAAUAGCCGAUCGGCUGCUAGACCUGGGAUCAAAUGUCAACGCCAAGGCUAAGGAUGGACAAACAGCGCUCCACCUAGCGGCGGUCCAUGUACGAGAAGACAUGGUGCGACUACUUCUCAAUAGGAAAGCCGAUCCCACCAUAACCGGAGGGGCCAAAGGACAACUGCCACUACAUGUGCUGAGUGCACGGGCGACGGGUGCAGCCAUCGUGCCCCUGCAGCUGUUGCUUCGUGCUGGAGACAAGAACGUCCGCAUAGUACCUGACUUGGAUGGAAACAUUCCUCUCUUCCUGGCCGUAGAAGUUGGCAACCACGGCGUCUGUCGUGACCUGCUCAGUACCAUGACUAAAGAACAAGUCAGCUACGUCCACCCAUCCACAGGAAACACAGCUCUUCACAUGGCCACGAAACGAAGAGAUCUGGACAUCAUGCGCUUCUUGGUCGAAUGCAACAGCCCUAUUAAUCAUCAAAACAAGGAAGGCCAGACGCCCUUACACAUCGCAGCCAGAGAAGGUGACGAACAUGCGGUGAAGCUCUUCCACCACGCCAACGCCAACCCUAAUUUAACCGACCUGGAAGAUCGGACGCCGCUUCACCUUGCAACGCAGUUGGGCCACGUGGGAGUUGUCGAAUUACUCACAGACAAAUACAAGGCAUCCGUGCAUCACAGAACGAAGGACGGCAGUACGUUGAUGCACAUCGCCGCUGAAGCCGGAAGGCCAGAAACCGCUAUGGUGUUCAUGAAGAAAGGAGUUCCUCUUCACAUGUCUAAUAAGGCAGGUGCCAAAUGUAUCCACACAGCCGCCCAGAAGGGUUACGUGGAAAUUGUCAGGACGCUGCUUCAGAAGGGGGAGCACGUCGACGUCAAGACUAACGACGGGCACACGGCGUUACACGUGGCCGUGUCAGCAGGGCAAGCUCUAGUGGUUGAGACGCUUCUAGGUUAUGGCGCGCAGGUGCAAUUCAAAGCAGGGCCCAACAACGAAACGCCAUUACACAUAGCGGCACGAACGAAAGGAGCUGAUGAAUGUGCUGAGCUGUUGAUCAAAAGCGGGGCCAACGUCAAUGAGAAAGAAGCGAACGGUGAGAUACCCCUGCACUUUGCUGCUAGAGAGGGUCACUUGAAGUCAACGAAAGCCUUGCUCGCAGAUAACAGCGUAGCCGACCUUCUUAACAAGGAUGGAGAAAGUCCUUUACACGUUGCCGUAAAGAACUGUCACUUUCCCGUCGCCGAUGCUCUGUUGGACCAUUGGGACAAAAAAUGCACGGAUCCUGAAGAGAAGCAGAAGCUCACGAACCAAAAGAACAUGGAUGGAGAGAAUUCCCUGCAUUACGCUGCCACGAUCACAGAGAAACAAAAGCAUUAUCCGACGGAAGACAGAGACAUCAUGAGGCUUUUACUGAAACACGGCGGUGACGUGAACGCCGAGACGAAAUCGACGAUGGAGACACCUAUCCACCACUGUGCCCGUACUGGCAACGUGGCUAUCCUAAAAGAGAUCAUCGACACCUUACCACCAGCGGCCGUGCAGUUGUCCUGCAACCAGCAAGCAAGGAAUGGCUGGGCCCCACUUCUGUAUGCUUGUGAUGCCGGUCACGCUCAAGUAGCCAGCCUGCUCAUCCAGAACGGAGCUAGGGUUGACACGUUCGACGAGACCGGGAAGGCAGCCCUGCAUCUCGCAGCCGAGAAAGGACACGAAGAGCUCGCGGAUAUCCUCCUCAACGCCAAAGCAUUUGUCAAUGUCCGCUCGCAAAAGGGAUUAACGCCCCUGCAUUUGGCUGCUGAGAAGGGCUACUCCAACCUCGUGCGGAAACUGAUCACGGAAUAUGGGGCUAUCGUCGAUCCCCUCAGUCUGACAAAGAAGACUCCUCUGCACUUGGCGGCCGGAGAGGGAAGACUAGAAGUCUGCAAGAUCCUGCUUGACCUCAAAGCGGACACGAAUGCCCUCGACGACCAAGGACAGAUACCAAUGAUGCUCGCCAUUGAGAACGACCAUUCAGAAGUCGUCAAGGUGUUCCUGAGGGUCAAACCAGACUUGGCCACAAUGUCCAAUGCCAAAGGGUUCACGUGCGCCCACAUCGCCGCUAUGAAAGGCAGUACGGCUGUCAUCAAGGAACUGAUGAAAUUCAACAAGUCCAUUGUGACAAGUUCGAGGAACAAGACGACAGAUUCUACGCCUCUUCAUCUGGCUGCGGCUGGUGGGCACGGCAGCGUCGUCAAGAUGUUGCUGCAAGCUGGAGCAGACGGCAAGGACGAGAACUCCGAAGGUGACACGGCCCUGCAUCUCGCAGCCAAGAACGGUCACGUCAAAGUAGCCCGUGUCUUGAGUGCGGUCGUGCCUUGGUCUUCGACGAGCAAGAAGACGGGUCUAACAGCUCUUCACGUAGCCGCAAAGAAUGGCCAGAUGGACUUUGUGCGCGAGAUGCUGACGGAAGUGCAGGCAGCCCUAGGCAGCGAGCCUCUUCCUGAUGGAGGAGACUAUGGAAUGACAGCACUGCACAUGGCCGCAGCAGCGGGACAUGAAAGUGUUGUUCGGAUGCUUCUCAACAGUUCCGGUGUACAGGCUGAUGAGCCGACAGUUCAAGAGGGCAUGUACCCUCUGCACUUAGCAGCACAAGGAGGUCACGUGGCGGUAGCCAGUCUUUUACUGAGCAGAGCCACAUCCCAACUUCACUGUGUCGACAAGACUGGCCGCACUCCGCUGCACGUGGCUGCGGCCAACGGCAAGAGAGAGAUGGUGGGACUACUACACAGUCAGGGAGCAGAGAUCAACGCUGCUGACAAUAUGGGCUGGACGGCUCUGCACUUCGCGGCUCGCCACGGGUAUCUGGGAGUCGUUAAGAUCCUUGUAGAAAACGGCGCAUACGCCAAAGCCAUAACGAAAGAUGGCAAAGUUGCACUCUGUCUAGCAGCCGCGGAAGGACACUAUGAUAUUAUCAGCUACCUACUGAAGAAGGAUCAUGACACCACUGACCUCAUGGACGAUAAACACUUCUUGAUCGACCUGAUGGUCUCCGGCAAGGUCCACCAGAACAGACCCAUGGUGGACUUCAUCCUCGCUUCCAAUGCACCCAUCGACACCGCCGUCAAGAUGGCCCGCAGCUACGAGCUCCUAUCCCUGAAGGAAAAAGAACGUGCCAUGGAACUGGAAGAGAUGUCCGGCUUCUGCGACAACCUCGCCAACGAACUCCUCUCCAUCGCUGCGUCGAGCAACAACACCGCAGCCCUCUUGAGAGCCCUGGACUCAAGGAACACGCCCUUUCUCGACGUCCUCAUUGAGCUCCAGCGUAAAACCGUCGUAGCCCACCCAGCAGCGCAGAAGUACCUCACAGAACUCUGGAUGGGAAGUUACCAGUGGACAACGUCCAAGAUUGUCGUGUUGUUCCUGGCCUUCCUGCUGUGUCCCGUCAUCUGGAUCGCGUCUUCCUUGCUCUGUGGCCAUCGCAUCUCCAACGUCCCCAUCGUAAAGUUCAUGUCGUACCUAGUGUCCCACAUAUUUUUCGUCAUAGUGUUGAGCAUAACCAUCAUCAACCCGUGGAACCCCAUCUACACGUCAACUCACCUGAUCCCGCACUGGAACGAGUGGUUGCUGCUCUUCUGGUUACUCGGAAUGUUCAUAUCUGAAAUGACAAACCCUUCUGACCGUGAAGGCCUAGGAUAUAUAAAGACGGUGGUGCUGUUUGUGAGCGCGUUCGCCAUAACUGUCCACAUCGUAGCGUUGUUUUUCAAGGAAGAACAUUACCGGCUCAUCUGCCUCUACAUCCGCAACCAACUAUUCGCGGUCGCUCUUCUCCUGGGGUUCCUAGAAUUUCUAAAUUUCCUCACCUUCCAUCACUUGUUCGGCCCGUGGGCGGUGAUCAUCAGAGACCUUAUCAAGGACCUGAUGCGGUUCUUGGCGAUACUCCUGAUUUUCCUCGUGGGAUUUUCGCUGAACAUGUGCGCCGUGUACCAACCGGUCUUUGUGCCACCGAAGGGCGACAACAUAACUCUGCCCAUAUUCGGACAAGAGUUUCAGUCCCCGAUCAACACGUUCGAGAUGCUGUUCUUUUCGCUGUUCGGACUGGUGGAGCCAGACUACAUGCCGCCGCUUCACCUGAGUCCGUCUUUCUCCAAGAUAGUAGUGAAGGUUGUGUUUGGAGUGUACAUGAUGGUGACCGUGGUGGUUCUCAUCAACCUGCUGAUUGCUAUGAUGUCGGACACGUACCAACGGAUCCAGGCUCAGUCGGACACGGAGUGGAAGUUUGGCCGGGCCAAACUGAUUCGGAACAUGAAGAGGGCGUCGGCUGCUCCAUCGCCGCUGAACGUUCUCACCUUUGGCCCGGAGCUUUGCAUGAACAAGUGCAGAAACAGAAACAAAGCCAAGGGAAGCAGCCUGUCGACUCUGAAGGACAUGGGCUCUGGACAGACGCAGAGCAGGGUCAACUCAGCAACAGGUGCCAGGACAGGCCGGAGGAUUAUGCCGUUAGAGGAAAUGAUGCAAGGCAUGAACAAGCUUACCAACGUUGUCGACUGGCCCUCCAUCUCAAAUAAGUACCUGGAGAGCUUCGAAGUGCGUAGGGCAUCUCUCUCCGUUGUUGAGUCCUUGCAAAUGGCAGCCAAGAAGCGAUAAAAAAGAAAGAAGAUAUGGCACAGCUACUGUGCUUUCACAUUUAAACUGUGGAAGAGGCUUUAGCGGGCGACGG